AUGGCUCUAAUCCGUUCAGAAGCGCACAAGAUGCGCAAUGAUCAAUUCAGAACCAUGUUUGAAUCGGUCGAGGCAGCAAAAGCAUUCAUUCCUCCAACGGCAGCCACCGUGAAGGCUCGGGCAGGCGCUCUUGGUGUUCCACAUAAUGUAACGGUCAUCCCAAACGGCAAAGGCGCGAAGCUGCACUAUCUUGGGGUACCAAAUGCCAACAAAUUGAUCCUCUACUUUCACGGCGGUGGUUUUGCUCUCCCUCCUACGGAAGGACACGUCACUUUUAUGCUCCAAUGCGCGGAUAAAAUUGCCCAGAGCUCAGGGCAAAGAGUGCAAAUAGCGUUCCUCGAGUAUACUUUGUCCCACGUGGAGAGAUAUCCCCUACAGCUACUGCAAGCAACUGAAGCAUUGAGACUCAUCCUUGAUUCGGGGACGAGACCUUCCGACAUUGUCGUCGCGGGAGACUCAGCGGGGGGAAACAUGUGCUUGGGGAUAGUUUCCCACAUCUUACAUCCCUUGGAAGGAAUUCCACCACUGGGCCUCCGUGAGCCGCUUGCCGGAGUACUUCUGAUCUCCCCAUGGGUUUCGUUCGAUGAAGAUGCUUCAUCGUAUAAAGAGAACGUUAACUUGGACAUCUGCUCGCCUGAAUUGCUACAUGCUAUGGCGGAUGCAUAUGUUCCUGCAGUGCGCAACAACUGGACUGAUCCAUAUCUUGCAGAAUCCUUCUGGUGGAAAGGGUUUCCUGCGAAGGAGGUGCUGAAUCUUUGUGGCGGACACGAACUACUGAAGGACUAUGUUUUAUCUGUUGGCAGAGCGUUGUCGCAAGCUGGAGUCGACAUUAAAACGGUGGAAUGUCCCUUACAUGUGCACGUAGAGUGUAUCCUAGACGCUCAGGUCGGCCUGAGUACGGGGGAAAUGGCCGAGGAAAUCUGGGCCUGGCUACCCCAAGCUUUCCAAUGA